AUGGAUCCGUCGCGACCUCGCGAUCUCCAAAAACAGGCGACGGACCAGCCACCAUCUGUAUCUCCAAGGUCGUUGCUUGACUGGAACCGAAGAGUAACGGCCGGCAGGCCUCCACAACUGGGUAGACAGGCUACCUUGACCUUCGAUCCAUUCUCAUUCGAGUCAAGCCCUUCAUCCAACGAGGAAGAGGGUCCUUCGUCUGACGGCCAUGGCACUCGAUCACGAGAGCGACAUGACCAGGGAGAGAAACGCAAAUCCAGCCCCCAGUCCUUCUCGAGGUUCCGAAUUGCAAACGAGCAUUUCAGCACCAGGGGCAAGAUCUCAAAGCUGGAUGGCCGACUGAAGUUGUCAAUAAACGAAACAGUGAAUAGUGGCUACUUUGCAAAGACUCUUGGAGCCGGCUUGAGAAAGCACAUCAGGAGCGGAGAGGAUGGAGAGAGUGCCAAGUCUCCCCUUCCUGGACACGACGCGGAGACUGAGAAGAUACCCCCAGAAGAUGACAAAAUGGAGAAUGGUUCCAAACAAAGAGUGAAGUUGAACGUCUGCGUAAUCGUUAUUGGGUCGCGAGGAGACAUCCAACCCUUUUUGAAGAUCGGAAAGAUCCUAAAAGAUGACUACGGCCACCGGGUACGAAUAGCAACACAUCCUGCGUUCAAGAAAUUUGUCGAAGAGGAUUCGGGCCUAGAGUUCUUCUCAGUAGGGGGUGACCCCUCGGAACUCAUGGCGUUUAUGGUCAAGAAUCCGGGGUUGAUACCAUCCGUGGACACUAUCAAAGACGGCGAGAUUGGUCGACGAAGAGCAGCCAUGUACGACAUGUUUCAGGGCAUGUGGCGCGCAUGCAUUAACUCCACUGAUGAUGAGAACGACAAGGCGAAUAUGAAGAUGAUGGGCGACAAGCAUCCGUUCGUAGCUGAUGCUAUUAUUGCGAACCCCCCAAGCUUUGCACCUCAACAUAUCGCCGAACGACUAGGGGUGCCCCUCCACAUGAUAUUUCCAUAUACCCCCACAGCUCAAUUCCCACAUCCAUUGGCGAAUAUUAAGGCUAGUAAUGUUGACGCCAACUAUACCAAUUUCAUGAGCUAUCCCCUGGUGGAAAUGAUGACUUGGCAGGGGUUGGGCGAUUUGAUCAACCGAUUCCGGUCUAAGACUCUAUGCUUGGAAGAGAUUUCAACGCUUUGGGCUCCGGGGCAACUUUACCGUCUAAAGGUACCCUAUACUUAUAUGUGGUCACCUAGUCUUGUCUCAAAACCUAAAGAUUGGGGGCCAGAGAUUGAUAUCGCAGGUUUCGUGUUCCUCGAACUUGCAUCGUCCUUCAAGCCCCCAGAGUCUCUUAUCAAAUUUCUCGAUGAUGGUCCUCCUCCUUUGUACAUUGGCUUUGGUAGCAUCGUAGUCGACGAUCCCGACAAAUUCACUAAACUGAUCUUUGAAGCAGUCGAGAUGGCAGGCGCUCGUGCGCUUGUUAGCAAAGGAUGGGGUGGUCUAGGAGACGAGGGAAAUACUCCCGAUAACAUCUACAUGCUCGAAAAUACACCACACGACUGGUUAUUUCCGCGCGUAAGUGCAGUUGUUCAUCAUGGCGGUGCAGGAACUACGGCAAUCGGCUUGAAAUGCGGCAAGCCUACGAUGAUAAUCCCAUUUUUUGGUGAUCAACCGUUCUGGGGCGCAAUGGUGGCCAAAGCGAAAGCGGGAGCUCAUAAUUGCAUUCCCUACAAAAAGCUCACUGCCGAGCGUCUUGCAGAAGGUAUCAAGCAGUGCCUAACUAACGAAGCUAAGGAAAACGUUCAAAAGAUUGCAGAUAGCAUUGCGAAGGAAGGUGAUGGUGCUGCCAAUGCUGUACGAUCUUUCCAUCGUAGCUUGCCAUUGCAUGGCGACUACAGCAUGCGUUGUCAGAUACUCGAAAAUCGCGUUGCGACAUGGAAGCUAAAAAACACGGACCUCCGUUUAUGUUCCCUUGCAGCUGAGCUUCUUGUCGAAUGGAAGAAAAUCAAGUGGAACGAUCUUCGACUCCUUCGCCACUACGAAUGGAAUGACUUCGGGGGUCCGGGUGAGCCUAUUACAGGCGGCUGGGGUGCCAUCAUGGGAACUGCAUCUGAUGUUGCGACUGGUGUAGGCCUAAUUCCGUUCAAGAUGGCGAAGAGUGUCAAGAAACGAGAGGAGUAUUACCAGAAAAGAUAUAGGAUUUCGAAAGGACAAAGACACGCAAAACAGACUCUUGCUCAAGCAAAUACGGACUUUCCCAAUGAACGCAGAAACAGUAACUGGAAGGAUUCUAAUAGUCGAUCUGAUCGGCCCGGCAAGCCUGAUCGACGGGAUACCAACCAGAGAACACUCUCCAAGCUCCCAAGACCAGAAGAUUAUCUAGCACAGGAGCUGGCACAGGAGGCAGGUCAUGGUUUGUUGAAGACUGGGGGUGCUAUCAUUAGAGCCCCGAUGGAGUUCACCCUUGCGAUUACUCAAGGUUUCCACAAUGCACCGCGCCUCUACGGUGACGAAACUGUGAGACGACCUCCACGAGUUACUGGCUUCCAUUCUGGGUUCCGGGCUGGUCGUGAUGAGUUCGUUUAUGGCAUUCGGGACGGUGUUGCGGGGCUUUGGAUGCAACCAUACUGCGGCGCUCGAGACGGUGGCAUGAUGGGCUUUCUUCACGGUUUCGGUAUGGGAAUUGGUGGGGUGGUCCUCAAGGAUAUUGCGGCGUUCCUAGGGCCUCCAGCUUAUGUGAUGAAGGGUCUCCAUGAAGAAGCACUUAAAAAGUACCAACCUACAAAUUUCUUAAGACGCGCUCGGGUCAUCCAAGGCCAGAAUGAAUUGGCGGCACUUGGGCCUCGCCAUCCUCACCACAAAUCGGGUGAUUCAAACGAUGAAAAGAAAGAGGAAGGGAUGGAACGACAAGAAGUGGAGAUUGCUGUCACUCGGGGAUGGGAAGUCGUGCAAUCUCAGAUGCUAGCAGAUAAGAGAAAGCAUACGAUAGGCCUCCGUGCAAGUCUCCUUGGAAGGAAGGUACGGAAGGGAGGCGAGCCAUUCCCGAGGAAGUCGUCAAAAGCUGAUGUGAGUGUAAAACCGAAGUCAGCCUCACCCCAAUAA